GGGGCUAAAGCCGGAAGGGGAAACCAUCCUGGAAACUCCGACACCCUUUUGAUUAUUGGAACAAGGCAUUGGAUCAAUCAAUAAUUCAAUCGAAACCGAAAUCGGCAAUGGGGACGACGGGUGGGAGCGACGUGGAGGCGGGAUUCGCCAAGCUACAAGGCGAAGACUUCGAAUACUACAUGCAAACCUACUCCAUAAUGCUCGGCCGCAACUCCAAGAAAUCCACCGUCGACGUCGACUUAGCCAGCCUCGGGGGCGGUAUGAACAUUUCCCGCCACCAUGCUCGCAUCUUCUACGACUUCACCCGACGACGUUUCGCGCUUGAAGUCCUCGGAAAAAACGGCUGCCUCGUCGAAGGCGUUCUCCACCUUCCUGGUAACCCUCCCGUCAAGCUGGAUUCACAAGACCUCCUCCAAAUUGGAGAUAAACAAUUUUACUUUCUUCUCCCCGUGAGGAGUAUUCUCGGGGGAGCCCUUGCGCCUAGGCACCAUGUUUCGAUUUACCAGACGGCGGGUGCUGGCUCAGCGGCUGGAGGUGUACCGCACUAUGGUCACCAUGGCGGGGCGGAGAUGGGGAGGACGGUGGGGUCCGUGGCGGGUUCUGCUGUGGUGGCUGCGGGAGCAAAGAAAGGGAGAGGAAGAGAGUAUUAUGAGGAUGAGUACGGGGAGGAAGAGGAUGUUGGGAGUGGUGGGAAGAAGGUUAGAAGGGAAGAUUGGUAUAGUGGAACCGAGGCCGGUUCCGGAGGAAAGGUGGGGUUGGCCGGAGCAUUAGUUCCUGUAGAGAAGAAGGGAGAGGGAAGAUCUAGAGUUGACCGAGAAUCUGAUAAUCAACAACUUAUGCAGUUGGAAGAGAAGGAUGUGGUUUCUUCUGUAGCUACUGUGCUUUCAGAUCUUUGUGGUCCUGGAGAAUGGAUGGCCAUGGAGAAACUCCACGCUGAGUUAGUUGAACAGUUUAGUAACGUCUGGCAUCACAGCCGAGUUAGAAGAUACCUUACAUCCGAGGACUGGCCUGGUCCUGAAUCCAAGGGGAAACCAUGGUACGGUCUGCUUAUGUUGUUGAGAAAAUAUCCUGAACACUUUGUCAUCAACACAAGAUCCAAGGGUCGGAUAACAUUGGAGUUCGUCUCUCUUGUAUCUUUGCUUUCGUAGAAGAAUGCUAAUGAAGCACCAAACGGCACUUCCCCUUGCAUGGUCAUCUUACAUAUGCCAUGUUUGGGAGGACAAAGAAGUUGCAAAGUGUAGAAUAUCAUGAUACUAAUGUUGUUCUUAUCUUUUAGAUCUACCCACUUUGAGCUCUGAACUGGCUUUGCUGGCUAAAUGUACCUGGAUUUUAUGGAUUUUAAGAUAUAUUGACAUCAAUUUUCAUUUA